AGUCUCUCAAACGAAUAGCUAACCAAAGAAACCAACCAUGGCGUCAAGCUCUUUCGCCCUUCUUCCUUUGCUUAACUACAGCUCCAAAACCGACAGAUCUUCAUCUUCAAACCUCGUUCGCUUCUUUAACCUCCCAAAAUCGAAACACAGGUCCACAAAACACACAAACCGUCGUCGUUCUCCACAAGUUCUUGUCUCCUUCUCAUUGAACCAACCGGUUAAUGAUGAUGAAUCCUCCUCCGACGCUGCACUCUUUCAAGAAUCGAACUCAAUCGCUGAUUACAUGCGGUUCAAGCGCAGCUCUGACGUCGGCAACAACAACGGCUCUAGUGUGUUGCAGACAGCAAUCGUCAGUUACAAGAAACGUUUCCCGUGGAUUCUACUCAACCCUUUUCUUCAAGUAGAUUUGGUCUCAACGAUUCAUAUUGCAGAUAAAGAGUACUUCACAGCUCUUCAGAAGGAGCUUGAACCAUAUGAUUCUAUCUUGUAUGAGAUGGUGACUAGUAAAGAGGCUUUAGCAAACAGAAGAAACCCAAUUGCAGCCAAGAGGCUCAAGAAUUCACGUUCAAAAGGCUUCAGUAUCCUCGGCUUCAUUCAGAGGCAGAUGGCUAGAGUGCUAACUCUUGAUUUUCAGCUAGACUGUCUUGAUUACGAAGCUAAGAACUGGUACCAUGCUGAUCUAGACUUCGAGACGUUCACCUUGCUUCAGAAGGAGAAAGGGGAAAGCUUCUACUCAUUUGCAAGGGACAUGACUAUUAGAUCAACUAAAGCAAUGAUACAACCAGCUUUGGUAACCGAAGGUCUUGAUACUUGGAGGUCAAAGCUUCUUUGGGUUUCACGAGUUUUCCCUAUGCCUCUUGUUGGUCUUUUCCUUAUUGGAGCGUUCUGUGCUGACUUUGAGAAUCAGACAGAAGACUAUCCAGAACUAGAAGCACUUUCACGGCUUGAUAUUGGUGCUGCUAUGAAGGUUUUCCUCGCUAAGAGAUUGACAUCCGAGCUAACGCAAGGGACAUCAGAUAUAGAGGCAAAAUCAGUAAUCAUCGGCGAGAGAAACCGAGCAGCGACCGAAGCUUUAAGAAGAGCAAUAGAGCAAGGAAACAAGAGAGUUGCAAUUCUUUAUGGAGGAGGCCACAUGCCUGACUUGGGAAGAAGACUUAGAGAAGAGUUUGAUCUUGUUCCUUCAGAGGUAAGAUGGGUAAAAGCUUGGUCUAUCAGUAACCCAAGGGACUUGGAGACUACUUCAUUUCCAUUUCUAAGGACAAUGGCUGAUGCUUUGCGUUGGCCGCUAAACCGGUACCAAACCUUGGCUUUGCUAAUAUUUUCGUCGGUUCUUGCAUUGGAUCUCUGCUUUUGGGAGUUAUUCUUGGAUUCGACCAUUGACUGGGGUUCACAGAUAGCUGCAGAGUUGUACCGGUUUGUAGAUAAUACAAAAUUUGUGUAACAGCUAUUUGUAAAUUACACAAUGAUGUACAAAACAGUAUCUAAUAGUAUUUAAAACAGCUAAAGUCUACUGUUAAAGAAACAAGAA